AUGAAGCCAUUCGUUUGUCUCGCUCGUGAGUACCAUUUGGCCGGUUGUAUCACUACCUCACCUAUUGUAUUAAUUUCCAGAGACGCAGAAGCGGUUGCUGCUGCUCAACAGUCCUCUAGAGGCACAACAGCGAAUUCAAAGGGGAGCGAGGACAAUGCGCUCUGGGUCGACCGUUACGCUCCAAAACGAUUUACUGACCUUCUAGGUGAUGAUCGUGUACACCGCGAAGUCAUGUCGUGGGUCAAGGAAUGGGAUUAUUGUGUGUUCGGACGUAGACAGGGUCUUGGUCGUGGACGGAAGCGUCCCAGAGGAGAAGACGGAGAUAACUUAGACGAAUGGAAGAGACCGGAAGAGAAGAUCUUGCUGUUGUCGGGGCCACCGGGUCUGGGUAAGACAACUCUGGCCCAUGUGGUGGCUCGGCAUGCAGGUUACGAAGUAUUCGAGAUCAACGCGAGUGACGCUCGAUCGGCGCAGGUCGUGGAUGACCGACUACGACCUGCACUAGAAUCAGGUUCUGCUGUAGGCAGCUCGAAGCCCGUCUUAGUCGUCAUUGACGAAAUAGAUGGUGCAACUGGCGGUUCAGAUCACUCUGCUGGCUUCGUCCGAAAGCUUCUCUCAUUGACAUAUGAUCGCCCAAAAAAGAAGGGUCGCAAAGCUGAUCCCAAAGCCUCCCGUCCGCUUCUCCGCCCAAUCAUUUGCAUUUGCAAUGACCUCUAUGCUACUGCACUUAGGGACUUGCGGACGUCUGCGCGAGUGGUACGCUUUUCACGCCCCAACGACAUCCAUCUCGUGCGCCGCCUUCGAGAGAUCUGCGAUACUGAGGGUCUGCGCGCGGAGUCGAGGGCACUGACAGCACUGGUUGGCAUCGCGCAGGGUGACCUGAGAGGAUGUCUGAACAUGCUCCAACUUAUCAAAGCCAAAGGACGGGAAGUGACGGAGCCCGUGGUGCGGACAGCGGCUGCGGGGAUGAAACAGGUCGAUAUGACGUCUACAUCUGUCUUAAACGACCUCUUCUCGCCAAUGGCGCGAAAACGCACCAAGGACCUUGGACUCACCGAGGAGGAUGAAGCCCGGUAUGUACGCCGGCUUAGUCGUGAGGUCGAAAGCACCGGUGCGAUGGACAGGGUUGCUGAAGGGUGUUUCGAGUACUAUGCGACCUGCCAUCGACAUGACGCAAACUUUGCAAGGUACCUGAAGGCCGCUGAAUGGCUCACGAGCUAUGAUGUGCUUUCGGGAGAGAUGUGGACCGAGCGCGAGUUCGCUCUGGCAGAGUAUUUGCCAUUCAUGUUCGUGGGAUUCUAUCCUCUUUUCCAGGAACGCGGUCGACCGAAGCUGGAGCGGCCCAAGGCUACAUGGGAUCACCACGUAGCAACCACAGCCAACCAGGAGAUAUAUGCAUCUCUUGCCAGGUGUCUUCGCUCGGCCGCCGCGAGGAACCACGGAGAUUACAGACACCUUGCCAAUGGCCAGAUUCUCCAACUUGAAUUUGCGCCCUACCUCAACCGUCUGAUCUCCCCACCCUUGAACCCUGUGAAUCGCCAAAUCAUCCGACCAUGCGAGAAGGCGACAUUAUCUCGAUUAGUAGAUAUCAUGGUGGCCCUGGAGCUCCGCUUCUUACGCGACAAGAACGACGACGGGCAACUUGUAUACAGACUCGAUCCGCCGAUAGACGUGUUUGUGACUUACGACGGGAAGCGAGCAUCAGACAUUGCUAUAUCGAAAUAUGCCGUCAGACAUUUGGUGGCUACGGAAAUUGACGACAAACUGGCGGCGAUGCGUUCGGAGCCUACGGAGAAGAAUAAACCGAAACGCUCUAACUUCUUCAAACAACGAGCGAUCAAUGCUGGGGCAGAUGACGACACGUCGCUUCCUGCAGCAAAGCGUUCCAAACAAGAUCACAUUGGCCCGGCUGAAAAGGUUGCUGUUGACUUCUUUGGCCGACCUAUCAUAGCGUCCACUGCGAAAGCUUCCUCGGGGAAGGAGGCAAAGAUCGCUUCAACAAAAACGGUCACGAAGUACAACGUCGCGUAUCGGUUCAACGAAGGCAACUCGGCAGCUGUACGGAAACCUAUCAAAGUGUCGGCGUUUCUGUAG